CUGCUGCUCCUGGAAGGGGACGCCCUGUUGCUGGAUUUUGUAAGCCUGGCCAGAUGUGUGCUUCAAGGCCUUCUGCGGCAGCAACUGCCUGCUGCUGCAACUGAAGGCCUCCUGCUGCCAGGGGUGCCCAUUGAGGCGGCAGUGGCGAAAUGCUCUCUAGAUCUGCUGCAGCAAGAAGAACAGCGCAUGGAGAAGGACAGAGCAUCGACUGCGGUAGCAACUUAUAGUGCACGGGUAGCUCAGUUGGUGCAGUCUCUGCAGGGAAACGCGACUAUCCUGAGGGCCCCUGCUGACCGAGGGCGUGCAGCACCCAAGGCACCGACAGCAGCUGUUGCUUCAAAUAAAACAGCCGUGAGCAUCUGCUGUUGCUGGAGCUCCGCUAAUGCUGAGGAUGCAGGUGCUGCCUCAAUGGGCAGCGCCACAAGUACGUGCUGUAGCAGGCAGGCCACCUCUGGCUGCAGCGGCAACAGCAGCUCAAGCUGUUGCAGGCAUUUCCGUCCCGACACGGCUUCAAAGGAGCAUCACAGAGUAUCGGCACCAGCCUCAUCAGAAGCUGCAGCAGCAGCAGCAGCAGUUAUCCACGGCUUCAAAGUGCUCUUCCAGCGGCUGCUUACCUGCGUUCGACCUCAUGUGGGUGCCUUGCGGCAGUUGCGCCGCUGCUGCAGAGAGCCCGCCAUAACUGUAGUUUGCUGCACGAGCAACGGCAAACUGGUGCAGCAACUUUUGCCUCUGCAGUUAUUUUUGGAUAGAGUGACGCAUACAGCAGGAACGGGAGGUAGUAGUAGUAGUCCAGAAGCAGCAGAGGCAGUAGCUGCUGCUGCUGCCGCAUCGAUGCUGCGACCCUGCCAUCUGCUGCAUAUGCAUAGCAGCAAUGCGGCAGACUUCGCAGCCGCAGUCAGCCGCAUUGCUGCUGCUGCCGCCGAUGACGCUUUUGAAAUGUCUACGGCAGCAGCAGAGGGUCUCUGUGGUCAGAGCGGCAGAAGCUGUUGCGGCUACUGCGCAUCUGAACAAUUGAUGCCGUGGCAACAGCAGCAACAGCAGCAGCAAAUUACGGUGGUGGUCGCUGCUUCCACCGAGCCAUUCGCAAGGCUUGCUGCUGCAGCAGGAUACACGAAUUUCGCGCCAUUGACUGCGGAUGCAGCAGCCGAGCAGCAGGCAGUGUCGUUCCAGCAACCACAGCGUCAGCCGCACGAGCUCUCGCAAGUCAAGUUGCUCAAAAGCUUCGAGUGUAUGGACAUCCCCGCGCUUCGCAGAAUGCACGGGCUACUACAGCAGCAGCACGAGGCUGGCAACGAGGAAGACGAAGCGCCAACGAUGUAUGGGGAACGCGUCAUUCCAUGCCGGGCCGCAGGCCUCCUUGAGAGCAGCAGCGGCAGCAACAACAACGCAGCAGCGGCAAGAGCCGCGGCAGAAGCACAGUACUGGCGUUGGCUGCUACGCUGCGGCUGGGGAAGCUGUUUUUUCCUGCAGGAGCCGCUCGUUUUGCAGGGACGAGUGGUGCGGGGUUUCGGGAGGGGCAGUUCCUUGUUGGGUAUCCCCACGGCAAAUCUCUUGCUGCAGCAGCAAGAAGAGGCGGAAAACGCGUAUGGCGCGGCAGUCGAUUUGCCCCUCGUGCCAGGCAUAUACUUCGGAUGGGCAGCCGUUUUAGACGAGAACGAGCAUCCCGGCGUAGGGGAGCCUCCGAAGCCAGGGGGUCCCUGGAAGGCAGUUCUUUCAUUUGGGUUCAAUCCGCACUUUGCCAACCAGAAUGUCACUAUCGAGCCCCAUUUGUUGACCACCGGGUUUGGCGACCUCAGAGGCCGAGCCUUGCGUCUCGCCAUCUGCGGCUUUAUUCGUUCUGAGGCCGCAUUUGCAUCCUUCUCGCAUCUUGUUACUGCCAUCCAAAGCGACUGCGACCUUGCGCUCCUUGCCCUAAGCCUUCUACAGGCCACAGCAGCUCGAGAGGCUCUGCUCUGA